AUGGAUAAGUUGAACGGGAACAAUGCGACAGUGGUGAACAGCUCCAUAGACAAGUGGUCAUUCAAUGAUCGCGGCUCGUACCAACAUCUGGACCCCAGGGAGCUGAGGGUGCUGCUGCCGGCUAUUCUGGGAGUCAUCUGUGUCCUGGGUGUGGCUUGUAAUCUCACUGCGAUGGCCAUCUUGUUCUCCAACGCACAUCGGGGCAAACUAUCUCUCAUCAACUCCCUCAUCUUCAACCUGAUGUUUGCUGAAGGACUGGUGCUGCUGUUCGUGGUGCCCUUCAGGGCUGCCUCCUACUCCAAAGCUAGCUGGACUCUGGGCGGGUUUGUCUGCAAGACGGCCGACUGGUUCCUCCAUACCUGCAUGGCGGCGAAGAGCUUCACGGUGGCAGUCAUGGCCAAAGCGUGCUACCGCUACGUGGCCAACCCCACCAAGCAAGUCAGCAUCCACCUUGGCUCCAUCCUGGUGGUGUUCUUCUUCAUCUGGCUGCUCGCCUGCUGUGUAACCAUCCCUCACUGGCUGUUUGCCACGCUGCAGAGAGGAGUCCACGGGCUGGCGUGUGUGCUGGUGGUUCCUCCUGAAGCCCGGGACUUCAUGGCUGUGUACGUCAAAGCGUACCCCCUGGGGGUCUACUGUGCCCCUCUUAGCUUCGCUCUGAUGUAUUUCUGGAGGGCUUACGGCCAGUGCCAGCGGCGCUCCAGUAAGACUCAGAACCUGCGCACUCAGAUCAGAUCCAGGAAGCUCACCUUGAUGCUGUUUAGCCUGACUGUGGCUAUGGCUAUUCUCUGGCUUCCACAGUGGGUGGUGUGGAUUUGGGAGCGUCACAUAGCAGAGAAGGAAAUGGAAGGAGCUCAGCCCCUCAUCUCCUCUCUCCCCCCUCUUCUGACCCUCUCCGCUCAGCUGCUCACCUUCUCUCUGUCCUUGGUGAACCCUCUCAUCGUCCUCUCCCUCUCAGAGGAGUUCAGGGAGGGCUACAGGGGUCUGUGGAGGCGCCUCACCCUGCGCAAACAACCUCCUCCCAAGCCAAAACCCGGACCUCACAAACCGACCACUCUCCUGUCGCCUUCCCCUCGACCAGAGACUUCUGGCCAACUGGGCGGGGAGAGGAGCCUUCGGUCAAGCUCCAGCCAGGGUCCCAGCAGAGAGACUCAGCCCCAGCCGGAGCAGGCAGGGGAGAGAGAAGCAGACAGCCUCAAAGAUGGCAUUGUCUUGCCUGAUGUGGAGCAGUUCUGGCACGAGAGGGAGACUGGAUCGCACACGGAUGAAAAUGAUCCAGUGCCGUGGGAGCACCAGAACAAAGAGGGGGAAGAAUAACAACCCCCUUCCAGCUGAUCUCCAGUGCAGUCGUCAGACAGCGGCAGCUUCGUCAACAGACCUUCAGUUUGAGGACUGCUGAGUGCUGCAGCAUCAAUCAUUUGUAUUCUGUCAACUGUAUUUAUGAUAUUAUUCAAAGGUAAGAUGUGCAAAAGAGAGAGGACUAUAAAUUGAACAGUAUUCUCUGUAUAUAUGAUUAACAAUACAUAUAAUAUUGUCUUUUUAUUGUGUUUAUAUUGUGUAAGUAUAUUAUAAUAAGUGUAAAAUGAAUUUUGUUGGCUGCAAGUUAAAGCUUGUGGUAAGGAUGAUAAUGUAAAUUCAAUACACAGUAUAUCGAUGUAUAUUUUCAGCAUAGCAUAUGGUGAAUGAGUAUUACAGUUUUAUUUACAUAUUUAGACACAAUACUGCUCUUUAAUUAAAGUUUUAACGACUUAUGUGCUGCAAGACAUCCUCUGGGUAACAUCAUUAUGUGGCAUCCUAGAUUAGCAUAGAUGUUAAAACUGUAAAUGGAUUUUUCACUCGUGAAAUCAUUGUGUGAUAGUUUUUAAUGUGACAGUGAGAGAGUCAGUGUUUCCUGUUCUCUUUUUGUGAGAGAUCAUUUUUGUAAUCAUUGUGUGUUUACAAUAAAGAAAAU